AGCCUCAGUCCCAUCUCUGGGGAAGGGGAACCUUUCCCGAAGGAGCCGAAAUGGGACAGAGAGAUGCUCGGUGAGGGUGGUGGGAGGGGAGGAGGGUCAGGACUGUGUCCCCCUCCCCAGCUUCCCACCGGUGACGGAGCCGGGAUCGGUCUCUCCUGACCUCUCGGUGAGCGAGGGGUUGGGAGCCAGGGAGGGAUGGGAUCUGCCCGAGCCGCUGCCAAGAGCUGGCUCCGGCUCCGCAGGCAGCUCCGGGCUGCAUUUCCCCGCCGGCGCGGAGCGGAGCGGGGGUGUCCGGGGCUCGCUCCUCGCUGACACCGAGACCCCCCCUCACUAAAACCUCAUCCGCACGGCGAGCCGGAGCCUGGGGCUCUGGAGUCCCAUCUCUGCUCCCCCCCCAACCCCCUUCCUCCGCCGACCCUGCAGCUCCUGGCCCGGAGGAAGGGUGCACGUAGAGGGCAUCUCCCAGCCACCGAAAUCUAUGAUCAGCUCCGUGUGUGUCUCCUCCUACCGUGGACGCAAGUCUGGGAACAAACCACCCUCCAAAACAUGCCUGAAGGAAGAGAUGGGCAAAGGGGAAGAGUCGGACAAGAUCACCAUCAACGUGGGGGGCACCCGGCAUGAGACCUACAAGAGCACCCUGCGGACUCUGCCGGGCACCCGCCUGGCCUGGCUGGCAGACCCUGACGCCCAGAGCAACUUCGACUUUGACGGCCAAAGCAACGAGUUCUUCUUCGACCGCCACCCUGGCAUCUUCUCCUACGUCCUCAACUACUACCGCACGGGCAAGCUGCACUGCCCCGCGGACAUCUGCGGGCCGCUCUUCGAGGAGGAGCUGACCUACUGGGGCAUCGACGAGACGGACGUGGAGCCCUGCUGCUGGAUGACCUACCGGCAGCACCGCGACGCCGAGGAGGCCCUCGACAUCUUCGAGAGCCCCGAGCCCGGCGGAGGGGCCGGCGCCGAGGAGCCCGAAGAAGAAGGGGGCAGGGAGAUGGCACUUCAGCGCCUGGGUGUGGAGGAGAGGCCGUCGGGGGCAGCGGGGGCGGCCGCGGGGGGCGGCUGCUGUCGGAAUUGGCAGCCCAGGAUGUGGGCACUCUUCGAGGACCCCUACUCGUCCAAGGCGGCGAGGGUGGUCGCUUUUGCCUCUCUCUUCUUCAUCCUGGUCUCCAUCACCACCUUCUGCCUGGAGACACACGAGGCCUUCAACAUCAACGUCAACGUGACGGAGACCCUGGUGGUUGGCAACACCACGCGGGUGCUGCUGACGCACAAAGUGGAGACCGAGCCCAUCCUCACCUACAUCGAGGGGGUCUGCGUCCUCUGGUUCACCCUGGAGUUCCUGGUGCGCGUCAUCUGCUGCCCAGACAAGCUCCUCUUCGUCAGGAACCUGCUCAACAUCAUUGACUUCGUGGCCAUCCUGCCCUUCUACCUGGAGGUGGGGCUCAGCGGGCUGUCCUCCAAGGCCGCCCGGGACGUGCUGGGCUUCCUGCGCGUGGUUCGCUUCGUCCGCAUCCUGCGCAUCUUCAAGCUCACCAGGCACUUCGUGGGGCUGCGGGUGCUGGGCCACACCCUGAGGGCCAGCACCAACGAGUUCCUGCUCCUCAUCAUCUUCCUGGCCUUGGGGGUCUUGAUCUUUGCCACCAUGAUCUACUACGCCGAGAGGAUCGGGGCCAAGACGUCCGACCCCCGCGGCAGCGACCACACUCACUUUAAGAACAUCCCCAUCGGGUUCUGGUGGGCUGUGGUCACCAUGACGACGCUGGGCUAUGGGGACAUGUACCCCAAAACCUGGUCUGGCAUGGUGGUGGGGGCGCUGUGUGCCCUGGCAGGGGUGCUGACCAUCGCCAUGCCCGUGCCUGUCAUCGUCAAUAACUUUGGGAUGUACUACUCCCUGGCCAUGGCCAAGCAGAAGCUGCCAAAGAAGAAGAAGAAGCACAUCCCACGGCCUGCCCCGCUCGAGUCCCCCACCUAUGGCAAGCCAGGGGACAACUCCCCCCGCAACAGCACCCACAGUGACACCUGCCCCCUGGCCGCCGAGGAGGGGGCGGCCGAGAGGAAGCGCUCAGACUCCAAGCAGAACGGUGAGGCCAACGUGGUGCUGUCAGACGAGGAGCAGCCCCUGCCGCCCCCCGGCGAGGAGCAGAGAGCCAUGAGGCGCUCCAGCACCCGGGACAGGAGCAAGAAGUCCUCCACCUGCUUCCUGCUGGCCACGGGGGACUUCUCCUGCGCAGCAGAUGGAGGCAUCCAGAAAGUUGCAGAUGCCUGCCAAGAUGUCCUCUCCUCCAGCUACCCCCAGGGUGAGGUGGUCACCUUCUCCUGAGCCCUGGCUGGAUGCAGACUGUGCCCCGGUGAGGGAUGCUGUCCCUGGGGGGUGCUGUCCCUGGGGGGGGCCCUUCCCCGAGGGAUGCUCCCUCUGUGGGCUGCCUUCUCCAAGGAGCAAGCUGUGUGCCCCGAGGGCUGUGUGCCCCGAGGGCUGUGUGCCCCGAGGGCUGCCUGCCCUGAGGGUUGCUCUCCCCUGGGUGGGGGAUGCUGUCCCUGAGGCUAAGGGAUGCUCUCCCCAAGGGAUGCAUUCCCCAAGGCAGGGCCAUGCAUUCCCACAGGGAUGCUCUCCCUAAGGUCCAGGGAUGCAUUUCCACCCCUCCCCCACUCCCAAGGCCAAGGGAUGCAUUCCCCAGGGGAAUUCCCAAAGCAGAAGGAUGCUUGUUCCAAGCUGGGCCAUGCAUUCCCCCUGGGAUGCUCUCCCCAGGCCAGGGAUGCUCUCCCCAGGAGCUUUGCUUGCCCAUCACAGCAGCUCCAGCUGCCAACUCCGUGGGCAGGGUGAGGUUGGCAGCCAGAUCCUCCCCAGAGAGGUGCCACAGGGCAGUGGGGCCGGGAGGGGAGGUCAGAGUGCCAAGGGUGCUCCCACUCCCCUGCCUGCUGCCAGCCCUGCCAUGUAGAUGCUGCCCAGAUCCCCAGCACCCCCUGGGUUGUCCCCCUGCCCUUUCCCACCCUUUGGGGUGCUCCUCAGCCCUCUGGAGAGUUGCCAGCUGCCCACCGAGACCUUGCCCACGGCCCCACCCCUGCCCUGACCUCCUCCAUCAGCAAACAGCCCCUGGGGACCCUGCUCUGGGGCUGUGGAGGCUCCAUCAGAGGUGCCACGAGUGGGUCACAGCACCACCAGCCCCUGGCCACGGGUGCAGGCCCUGAGGGGCUGGGGGGUCACAGGAGGGGGUCGGUUGGGGUGCAGGGAUGGGAAGCAAGAGGUGGAGCUGGCCUGGGAGGGUCUGUGUCUUUCUCCUGCUGUUCCUUAUCUGUGUGACCAAGGCAAUACCACUCCCCUGUCUGUCUGUCUGUCUGUCCGCAUGCCUCUGCCUGUCCACCCCCACGAGAGUUCUAAUAAAGACCCCCCCGAGCUGAGCCAGCUCCUGACCCCC